GGUCAUUUUGCAUUUCUCAGCUUUGUAGAAACCUGUCAAUGGCGACAUCGCCCGAAACAGAGCACCCGGUGAAGGCUUUUGGAUGGGCUGCCAAAGACACAUCUGGCAUUCUUUCUCCAUUCAAGUUCUCCAGAAGGGCUACUGGGGAGCAUGAUGUGCAGCUCAGAAUCCUGUACUGUGGUGUGUGCCAUUCAGAUCUUCACAUGGCCAAGAAUGAGUUGGGUUUCACUCAGUUUCCCAUGGUGCCUGGGCAUGAGAUUGUAGGAAUAGUGACAGAAGUAGGCAGCAAGGUGAAGAAAUUCAAGGUGGGGAACAAAGUAGGUGUUGGCUGCUUGGUCGGCUCUUGUCGCCAAUGCGACCUGUGCGAUAGAGAUCUUGAAAAUUACUGCGCCAAACAGAUCCUUACCUACAGUAUGCCUUACUACGAUGGCACCAUCACACAGGGAGGUUACUCCGACAUCAUGGUGGCCGACGAGCAUUUCGUCAUCCUUUGGCCGGACAACUUUCCGCUCGAUGCCGGUGCUCCCCUCCUCUGUGCCGGGAUCACAACAUAUAGCCCAUUGAGGCACUUUGGACUCGACAAGCCCGGAAUGAGUGUUGGGAUUGUUGGUCUUGGUGGACUUGGCCAUUUGGCGGUGAAGUUCGCUAAGGCUUUUGGGUGUAGGGUGACGGUCAUUAGUACAUCUAUUAAUAAGAAGGAGGAAGCAAUAGGAAAACUCGGUGCGGACGAGUUCUUGGUUAGCAGUGACCCAGAACAGAUGCAGGCCGCAAUAGGCACAUUGGACGGUAUCAUAGACACGGUCUCUGCAACUCAUUCCCUUUUUAUGCUAGUGAGUUUGUUGAAGGCCGAAGGGAAGCUUAUCUUGGUUGGUCUUCCACAAAGCCUAGAAAUACCUAUUUUUCCCUUACUUAUUGGUAGGAGGGCUAUAAUCGGAAGUGCAACCGGAGGAUUGAAGGAGACGCAGGAGAUGAUUGAUUUUGCUGCUAAACACAACAUACUACCGGAUGUGGAGAUGAUCCCUAUGGAUUAUGUGAACACGGCUAUGGAGCGUCUGUUGAAAUCUGAUGUGAAGUACCGCUUCGUUAUUGACAUUGCAAGUACACUAAAGGCGGAGUAAGAUUGGUAUUUGGUCUUGGAGUUGUUACGUUGGUCGUCUCUUCUAUAACUUUUACUUAUCCUUAGAAAAAACAGUGAGAUUGUUAUCUCGCUUUUUAGAAAAUUGUGGGGACAUGUUAUUGAGAUGUGGAAUAAUGAGAACUAAUUAAUCAUCCUUGUUUUCAUUUAAUAAGACCUCUUACUUAA